GGUAAAUACUUGUCACACUAGCCACAUACUUGUUUUCCUUCACCCUAGCAGACUGGUAUGAAUACCAACAUAUGUCUGUAUCUCAAUGUCACAAGAACAUCCAGUUAUCUGUACCUUAUCAGAAGAUCCUCAAAGUUCGAGUUGCUAGAGCGGACGCUUUGAAGUCCCCGCUCUACGCGCCAUGUCAUGAUUGUAGACAGUGCCCACGCAGACAGAGUCUUCUCUUCCUACGGCGAACGUAGGGCGUUGAGUCGCCCAUACAGUCAUACAUGAUCCAUAUAUAUCCCGAGAAGUUCCGAUUUCGGAUGACGGUAUGGGUGGAGAUGGAAUACGUCCUUGCCUCCGUCAACCGUGCGUGUCCUAAAUAGUUAUAUCCAUCACCUUGCCGAGGUAGAUAUAUAUAUCGUAUCUCCUCAUAUCAGCUCCCUCCAAUCGCAGGUUUGGGGUUUGACUAGCACUCCUUUCAUCUAUCUAUCCCUGUCCAGCUACAUUUACAGGCAUGCACAUUCAACACAACACGUUGCGACGCGUUAAUUCAUUGGCUUCCUUGAGGGCAUUUGGUUCUCCUAGGAAUUUCAGCUCUAGUGCCCCUAGGUCCAAGCCGCGACUUGUCAUACUUGGAUCAGGAUGGGGAGGCUAUGAAGUACUUCGAGGCAUCAAUAAAAAACGAUGGAAUAUCACGGUAAUCUCACCAACAAACUAUUUCAACUUCACUCCGUUGCUGGCCAGCUGCGCUGUAGGCACCUUGGAGUUUCGUGCUGCUGUAGAACCUGUUCGCCGAUACACGCCGGAAGUGACUGCAUACCAAGCAUGGUGUGAUUCAAUAGACUUCAAGCGGAAGAUACUGAAAUGCAUGCCGGCAACCGCACUACCUCCCCUCCGCAGAGUCCCUAACGCAUCACAUUCAAUGACCAAUGGUGCUAUAGUAUCGGAACGCGAAACCGACUCGCGAACGUUCAAUCUGCACUAUGACAAGCUAAUCAUCGCCGUAGGAGCAUAUAGUCAAACGUUCAAUGUUCCUGGUGUGAAGGAGAAUGCUUACUUCCUGAAAGAUAUCCGGGAUGCCCGCGCAAUUCGUACCCGAGUGCUUGAAUGUUUCGAGGAAGCUAACCAGCCAAUCAUUACUGAUGACGAACGUAGAAAGCUCCUUCAUUUUUGUAUCGUUGGUGGAGGACCUACCGGUGUAGAGUUUGCAGCAGAGCUUCAUGACUUGCUUCACACCGAGAUACGACGACACUAUCCCGGACUCGCCCGUUUUGCAAGGAUCUCCCUCUUUGAUGUUGCACCAACUAUUCUGGGAAGCUUUGACAGUGGACUCCAACAGUACGCGUCAAAGAAGUUCACCAGAGAAGGAAUCCGAAUCCUCACAAGUCACCAUGUUGAACGCGUGGAGGCGGGCAAGCUGUUUGUGAAAGAAGAAGGCGAAGUGCCCUUCGGUCUUUUGGUUUGGAGCACAGGCCUCGCGCCGAACCCUCUCAUUCAAUCGAUCACCGAUGUGGAGAAACAUCCCAAAACCGAGAGUCUCAUAACAGAUGACAACCUCCGCGUGAUAAUGAAAGAUACAGGCGCUCCCGAUCCCGAUGUCUUUGCGAUAGGUGAUGCAGCGAUGAUUCGUGAUGUGCCCCUUCCUGCUACUGCUCAGGUUGCGUACCAAAAGGCAAAGUAUAUGACGAAGAAGUUCAAUGUUUUGGGCAAGGAUAAAGAGCAUGUUACCCCGUUCCAGUUCCACAAUGCUGGCAGUUUGGCAUAUCUCGGGGAUUGGAUCGCCGUUUAUGACCGAACGAAGGUCGAAAGCGGACCAAAAACAAAGGAGGCUGGUCGGCUUGCUUGGCUUCUCUGGCGAUCUGCGUAUUUCACGAGGACGAUUAGUAUCAGAAACAAAAUCUUGGUUCCGAUGUAUUGGUUUAUUAACUGGAUCUUCGGACGUGACCUCAGUCGAUUCUAGCAGAUAAGACUCGGAGUUAAUUAAUUGAUAUUAUUCGCAUGAAUCAACAUACGCCAUAUGGACCUAUAUAGAACCCACACCGACCAGACAUAGUACGGUACAGGCAAUCAUACACUAACUACUAAUAUAGCACAUAUCCUACAUAUACUGAUACAGUGAAUGCAAUCAACCAGAGUCCGAUGAUGACACGGAAAAGAAAAAUGUCCAGACAAU